AUGUCUCGCUUAAUUCUUUUCGCUUUUAUAUUGGCUCUCCUUUGCUUCAAGAAGGUGUCCUCUGAAGUCAAUAUAGAGCACUCUUAUAAGCAUUAUCGUCUGCCGACAUCGAUUCAACCGACACAUUAUAAUUUAAAGAUUAUUACAUUUUUUGAUAAUCCACCAAAUCUAACGUUUAAUGGCGUAGUGACUAUUCGAUUUAAGACGAUGGUAGACACUAAUAAUUUGACGCUACAUUCACAAAAUUUGAUCAUAGAUCACAAUCGUAUACAGUUGAAAACUUUGGAUGAUAAUCGCAUUUAUUAUUGCGGUCUAUAUGUCGAUAUUGUGCCAGAACAUAACUAUUAUAUAAUAAAUUUAUGCAGAAGAUUGAUAGCAGGAGAAGAGGCCGAAAUUAGAAUAUCGUUUAAGGGAAUGUUAAACGAUCAAUUGAACGGUUAUUAUCGCAGCUCGUAUAUAUUGAAGAAGACCAAUGAAACGAAAUGGCUAUCAGUGACUCAGUUUGAGCCGGCUUUUGCUCGAACUGCUUUUCCCUGUUUCGAUGAGCCAAAUUAUAAAGCGAAAUUUAAGAUAUGGUUGGGCCAUCAUCGUUCAAUGACCGCUUUAAGUAAUAUGCCCAUGGAAAGGCAACAACCCAUAUCCGAUAUGACCGAUUAUGUAUGGAGCAUUUUCGAAGAAUCUGUACCAAUGUCGACAUAUCUUGUUGCCUUUGCUGUGCAUGAUUUUGCCUACAAAUCAUCGGGGGACGCUAAUGUUAUGUUUCGCACAUGGUCACGUCCUGAGGCCAUCGAUCAAUGCAAUUAUGCGAGUAAAGUAGGUCCGAAAAUAUUAAAAUUCUACGAACAUAUAUUUGCUAUUCCGUAUCCGUUGAAGAAAUUGGAUCAAUUUGCCGCUCCAGAUUUAGGGGCGGGAGCAAUGGAAAAUUGGGGUUUAAUUACAUAUCGUGAGGCUGCAUUAUUGUUUGCUGAAAAUGUAUCAUCAGAAACUAGUAGACAACGUAUCGCUGACGUAAUAGCUCACGAGUUGGCUCAUCAAUGGUUCGGUAAUUUAGUGACAAUGAAAUGGUGGUCCGAUUUAUGGUUGAAUGAGGGUUUCGCCACUUAUAUCGCAAGCUUGGGCGUAGCCUUUUUAAACCCGGAAUGGGGUUCAUUAAAUGAGGAGGCUUUAGAUAAUACCUUGACGGUUUUCAGACGCGAUUCCCAACUCAGCAGUCAUCCAGUUUCGUUGCCGAUUGAGAGUACGCAUCAAAUUGCCGAACGUUUUGACGCCAUUUCGUAUAAGAAGGGAGCGGCUGCUUUACGCAUGAUUCAUAUGAUACUUGGUCAAGAUGCUUUCUUUCAAGGUAUACGUCGCUAUUUAUUAGUACAUGCUUAUAAAAAUGCUCAACAGGAUGAUUUAUGGGCUGCAUUUACCGAGCGAGCUCGUCUACUCAAACGUAUCGAUCCCAAACAUGACAUGAAAAUUAUCAUGGAUUCUUGGACUCUACAAGUUGGUUAUCCUCUAGUGAAAGUAAAGCGUGACUACAACAGUGGUUUAGUGAAAAUAACGCAACAACGAUUUUUGCAAAAUAAUACGUAUGUGACAACUGAAUCCGAAAAAUGUUGGUGGAUCCCGUUGACAUUUACGACUUCAUCGAAAAUGGAUUUUUCGGCCAGUGCACCGUCGGAAUGGCUGCAAUGCAAUCAAUUCAAGCAACAAGUGCAAUUGACAAUGGAAAAUGUAGUCGCGCCCAACGAAUGGAUACUUUUCAAUAUUCAAUUAUCGGGACUGUAUCGGGUUAUGUAUGAUUUUCAAAAUUGGGUGAUGUUAAAUCAAACCUUGAAUAGUAAUAAAUUUCAAGGUAUCCAUGUAUUAAAUCGAGCUCAAUUAAUUGAUGAUAUAUUAUGGUUAGCCUGGGGUGGUUAUACCGAUUAUGAUAUCACAUUCGAUUUUCUAUCAUAUAUGAUAUUGGAAAGGCAAUAUCUACCUUGGCGAGCUGGUUUGGAGAGUUUAAGUCACGUCAAUCGUUUAUUAAGAACUUUUCAUCCGACCUAUGAAACAUUUCAACAUUUCAUGCGUACAAUUAUAAGGCCAGUGUACUAUUAUUUAAACGGUUUGAAUUAUACUCGUCCGGAAUACGAAAUGUCACACAUAACAAUUUUGCAUAAAUCUUUAAUAUCGAGUUGGGCUUGUCGUUUGGAAAUUCAUGAUUGUAUCAAUACCGCAAUUAGAUAUUUCCAUGAAUGGAAACAAUCGGCAAAUCCACAAGAUAAUAAUCAUAUACCGGUAGACAUAAGACCGAUUGUUUAUUGUACCGCUAUAAGGCAUGGCGGUAAAGAUGAUUGGAAUUUUUUAUGGCAAAUCUAUUUGGCAUCGAAUGUUGCCUCCGAGAAGCAUGCAAUCAUCUUUUCAUUAUCGUGCUCAAAUAAUGCUACCAUAUUACGGACAUAUAUUAAUAUGGCUUACGAUAAAAAUGAAUACAUAAGACGACAAGAUGCUACAUUUGCUUUUAGUUCGGUGGCACGCAACGAAAUUGGUUUUACAUUGGCUAAAGAUUACUUCAUAAGUAACAUCGAUCAAUUAUAUGAAUUUUACGGUUCACAUACACAAGAGUUGGGCAAUUUACUAUCACCGCUGGCCAGUCAAGUCGUUAAAUAUGAAGAUCGUAAUCAAUUAAUUCAAUUGAUUGAUAGAAAACGUAAAUAUUUUCGCAAAAGCGAGAAAAUUGUUUUAAAUGCUUUGGAAACGAUUCAUCAUAACAUAAAUUGGAUCGAACGUAAUGUUAAAGUGGUUAACUCACAUUUAAAACUUCGCUUCACCUAUCUCAACUGA